AUGGGAAAGAAGCUAAAGAGUUCAACUAAUUUGCUAUGCUAAAAUCAUAAUAGUGAUGAAAAAUUGUAUUAAAAUAAUAAUGAAAACGGAAUCGGUACUAGAGAUGCUUAAUUAGCUUAAAUAUUUCCAGGUAAUAUCUUUAAACUUGAAACAAGCAGUAAUGGAUUAGGAACUCAGAAAAAAUCGUCAAUAAAAUUUGUGCAGCAUCAAAUACCUGAAACUUUAUUGAUUCUUAAAAAGAAUCUUUCUGAUAGGAAUUUUGAAUUAAGAACUAAAACAUCAAAUAGUGAUAUUAAUCACAACAAUUUUGGGUCAUUUGCUCACACACAUGAAAGUACAAAAGGAUUACUCUAGUUUAGUGAUAUGUUUAAUAAUAGCACCAUCAAUCAAACUUUGAACACAAUAAAUACAAAAAAAGGUUAAAGUUUCCUGGCCAUUUAGACUCUUGAUGCAACUUGUAAUAAUUAGGUAAAAGAAGAUAUUCUAGGCUAAAAGAAUAAAUAAUUUAUCAGCUAAUUUAACUCAAACUCUAUUGAAGAUGCUAAAUUUUUCAAUAAAAGGUAAUCGUUCUCAACUGCUAGUUAUCACAAAAGACAAAACCUGUUAAUUUCACCUUAAAAUGAUUCAUCAACUUCUAAGGAGAAAUCAAAACUAAAAAGCAAAAGAAUUGCAGCAGCAUAAUGCAUUUAAAAGAGAUCCUUUGCUAAUUUACUGAAGACUAAAAUACUUCAUAGUGAUUACACAUAAGAAUAGCAGAAUAUCAAUGUAACUAGGCAUUAAAGUAGCUUAACAAAUAUUUUCUCUAAUCUAAGUACCAGGAAUAACUCAUAAUUUAAAGAUUAGAAUCCAUAAAUGUGCCAAAACUAACCCUCCCAAUUUUACAGAACUUAUUUAAGACCUAACCAAUACUACUUUGGCCGUAUCACUUCUAAGGAAGAACUUCUUAAGGCUAAACAAAAUUUUGAGUUGAUAAUUAGCAAAAAUAAGCAAACAUCUCCAAAGGAGAGUCGAUAAAUAAAAAUAUAGAAGCAGUUCAUUAAUGUUUUCACUCCUAGUAUAAUAAGGAAUGACCUUUAAUUAGAAGAUGAAGAUUUUCAUUCGAUAAAGUCUAUCAGUAAUCUAUCUACUAAAAAUAAUAUGGUAAUUAAAGAUGAGUACUAAGCCAAUAUAAUUUAGGAAAAGAGAUCUGGAACUUAUUAGAAUUAUGUUAUGAAUCAAGUUAAAAGUCCAAACUCACAAAGUUCAUUUAUUAGAAAGGACUAUAAUAGUAAUAGCCUAUUUAUCGAGGAUUAAGAUAAUAAUUAUAGAAAGUUAGCUUUGGCUUCUCCUAAAGCAGGUGCUGGUAGUACCUCAUAACUUGAUAACUUUGAUAAAUAGGUUUUAUUGUCUUAGCUUCAAGUAAGUAAUCAGUAUAUUCCCACUGAGACACAAGAAAGCAUCACAAUGGAAAUAGUAUAUUAAUGA